CAGCCAGUAGGAUUGCAGCACAGCUUGUGGUGCUGACUACACUCUCUCUGCCUCUCUCCCUCUUCUCUCAUUCUGUCGCUUUGCCGCCUCACACACACACUCUCAAUCUCUCUCUCUCACACACACAUUCUUUCACCCCCUCAUUCCUCCACUCUGCUGCAAACAUGGUCGACGCAUUCAUUGGCAGAUGGGAUCUCAAGAGCAGCGAUAAUUUUGAUACCUACAUGAAGAAGCUGGGUGUCCCCUUUGCUCUACGUUCAUUAGCAGGCCUGACCAAGCCCACAACUAUCAUCUCAAUAAACGAUGGCACGGUGUUGUUGAGGACUGAGAGCACCUUGAAAAACACAGAGCUCUCCUUCAAGCUGGAAGAGGAGUUUGAUGAGAAAACAGCAGAUGACAGGAAUGUUAAGUCCAUUGUAACACUGGAAGAUGGGAAAUUGGUGCACAAACAGAGGUGGGAUGGCAAAGAGACCAGUCUGGUCAGGGAAGUCAAUGGCAACGCCCUCACACUGACACUUACGAUGGACGAAGUUGUUUGCAAACGUCACUACGAGAGGGCACAGUAAACUCAAUGAAACCUACAUACAGCAUCCACUUGCAUCAAAUCCGUACCACCUCAACCCAGGUCGAGCAAACUCUUCAUAUGGCUGCUGCAGAUUCCUCUCGAUGUCCUCAGUAUUAACUCUACUACUGACUAUGACUUCCCUGUUCUCUAAUGUCCUUUACUUAAUACUGUUGUUCCUCUGACUGUAAGAAACACUGAAUAAUUUCCAAUAAUUUGUUUUUUUUCUCUUUAAAAAUCCAGUUCUACAGUUUUCUUUGUUUUUUUAAGAAAAUUGUGUGUUUGCAUGGUGCCUAUGAUAAACUUUGAAAAGGGUUUGAAGUUGAAAGUUUGCCUAUUAAGACCUGAAAAAUAAAAAAAAAGUCUACACUGUUUGACUAAAUGAAAA